AUGAAGCUACCAUCUCUCCUCAAGCUUGCAACGCUUGCAGGCCUCGCUUGCAGCUCCCUCCCCGUGAGCGCACUGACCAUCGGAGAAGCGGUGGUGUUUCCGGGGUACCAGUGUGACUCCAAUGGCCAAGUGCUCCAGUUUGAUCUGAGUGCCAAUCGACACGUAUUCACCAUCUCUGGAUCGGGCGGGGCCGUCUUGAACUGGCUGAAUCCUGGCUGUAACGUGUUUUUGUGCUUUGCCGGUUAUGGGUGCGGGGAUGGUCAAUCGGGCAUGCAGCAAUUGAAGCCCAAUACGUGCUUAUUGUCGAAGGCAGGGGAUGAGUGGAGAGUGUGGGAUAAGAUGCUUUUUGUUUGCGAUUAG